UUGGUUUACCUAGAUUCCGUAGGAUGUGUAAAUCUCUCCGGGUUUUGUCGGUUUUUCGUUAGUCUUUUUAAAUUAUGCUUAAGUCUGCUAUUCGCCGAAGCGAUGUUCAUGUAUGCGGCCUGCGAUUUUUGCGUGGUGACGCUGAAAAUAAUUUACUCCUUGGAGCUGUCGGAACUGCCAGUUGCCUACGUAUUCGAUCAAAUAUAUAGCUAUACCUACGCGAUGAUCAUGCCUUUGCAACUAUGCUGUCUUAUGGAAAGACUUGCAGCGACAAUAUUUAUCAAGUCCUAUGAGGGCAACCGGAAAUGGCACUUGCUAAUCUUGUCGCAACCAUUCUGUAUUGCAUUCAUAUUCGCAAACAACUUUUCCAAAGAAGGUAAUUUUUCUCUGUUAUAA